AUAUAUCUGACUAGCAGUGGUACUCUCGAGACAGAGAUGGCACUGUUCCCGGAGCUGUAUGGCACCCCUGCCUCCAGACUGGACUCCUUCGUGGCUCAGUGGCUGCAGCCCAGCCGGGAGUGGAAGGAAGAGGUGCUGGAGGCUGUGCGGACCGUGGAGCAGUUCCUGAGGGAAGAGACCUUCCAGGGGGAGCGUGGGCUAGACCAGGAGAUUCGGGUGCUGAAGACAGUGAAGGUGGGCAGCUUUGGGAAUGGCACAGUGCUCAGGAGCAACACCGAGGUGGAGCUGGUGGUGUUUCUGAGCUGUUUCCGCAGCUUCCAGGAGGAGGCCAAGCACCACCAAGCUGUUCUGAGACUGAUACAGAAAAAGCUGUGGACUAGCCCGGACCUGCUGGCCCUCGGACUCGAAGUCUUGGGGGUGUUCCAGGGAGUCCCCGAUGCUCUUGUCUUCACCAUCCAGACCAGAGAGACUGCGGAGCCCAUCACUGUCACCAUCGUGCCUGCCUUCAGGGUCCUGGGGCCUUCUGUUCCCAACUCCCAGCUGCACCCCGGGGUCUACGUGAGUCUGAUUGGAGCCAACGGUUUCGCCGGAAAUUUCUCUCCUUCCUUCUGCGAACUGCAGAGAAACUUCGUGAAACAUCGGCCAACCAAGCUGAAGAACCUCCUGCGGCUGGUGAAACACUGGUACCUGCAGUAUGUGAAAGCCAGGUGCCCCAAAGCCAUGCUGCCCCCUCUCUACGCUCUCGAGCUACUGACCAUCUAUGCCUGGGAAAUGGGUACACAGGAGAAUGAGAGUUUCAGGUUGGAUGAAGGCCUCACCACUGUGAUGGAACUACUCCAAGAGUAUGAAUCCCUUUGUAUCUAUUGGACCAGGCACUACACAUUCGAGAACCCAGUCAUUGAAGAUGCUGUCAGAAAACAGCUCCAAAGAGAGAGGCCCAUCAUCCUGGAUCCGGCUGACCCCACCCACAACGUGGCGGAAGGGUACAGAUGGGACAUAGUGGCUCAGAGGGCCUGCCAGUGCCUGAAGCAGGACUGUUGCUAUGACAGCAAGAACAACCCAGUCCCCAGCUGGAAUGUGAAGAGGGCACGAGACAUCCAGGUGACUGUGGAGCAGUGGGGUUACCCAGAUUUGAUCCUCAUCGUGAACCCUUAUGAGCCCAUAAGGAAGGUUAAAGAGAAGAUCCGGCGGAGGCAGGGCUGCUCUGGUCUGCAGCGUCUGUCCUUUCAGACGCCCAGCGGUGAGCGCAAGCUCCUCAGCAGCCGCAGCUCCCUGGCCGAUUACGGGAUCUUUUGCAACACUCAAAUCUGUCUGCUGGAGACCACCUCCCCCGAGAUCCAGGUCUUUGUGAAGAAUCCAGAUGGUGGGAGCCACGCCUAUGCCAUUGACCCCAACAGCUUCAUCCUGGGCCUGAAGCACCAGAUAGAAGACAAGCAGGGGCUGCUCAGAAAGCAGCAACAGCUGCAGUUCCGAGGCCAGGUCCUGCAGGAUUGGUCGUCUUUUAGGAGCUAUGGUAUUGAGGACAGCGACACCCUCAUCCUCUCCAAGAAGAAAGACACGGAUUUUCUAUUUCUACCCAGCUAGUUUCCUCUGGGAAACUUGUCUGUGUGGUUCUGCAAUCUGAUCCAGGACUCGUCCUAUCAAUCAUUCACUCCAGCUCUCGGCUGUGUGUGGGGGGUUCCCCAUGUCUUUAUCAGCUUUGUAAAGAAUUCCUAGCCCUCCCUCCAGUGGAGGAAUGAGGAGGGAUGUGAGAUAUUAAAUACAAAUGACCAGACCAUAUAUAACAAUAGAAUUCUGACCCACAAUCUCUGCAGCCACCACUUUGGGAAGCCAGUCCACAACCCGUGCAGCAAUCAACACAGAAUUGUCAGGACUUGGUCAAUAACUGCCAAGCUUCCUUAAUCUCACCCCUAAACCCCCACCUUCCCACCUUCCAUCUCAGGCCCAAACAGAGAAAACCAAAUAAGCUCUAACAAUCACAUAGGAUGAUGUCCUACCUCUAGAUAGUCUGCCUCCAGUUUCUCCUUGCCACCAACCUCAAUCAGGACACACCUAAGGCCUUCUCUCUUUUCAUCUAUAAAACGUUCCCUUUGCCUGUUUUCCCACAGAUUAUACUCUGAGUAGAAGCAAGGUAUGAGUAUAUUAGAGGACAUAUAGAUUCUUGAGUCUCACCUCUCAAAAUAUUCUGAUUCUGUUCAUUUUUGGUUACACCCAACAAUCUGCAUUCUAACAGGUUUUCUAAAUUGUUUCUGAUUCUCAGAUAGAUUUUGGAAUUCCUGGAAUAAAUGAAUGAUGUUGAAACUACAUUGAAUCAAACCCUGGGAAUUAAUCCUGGUUCUGUCACUGACCUCUGUGUGACCUUAGGCAAUUUUCUCCCUUCUGUAUGUUUCCUUUUCCUCAUCAAUUAAAGGAUGAAGUUGCCCUGGCUGGUUUGGCUCAGCAGUUAUAGUGUUGGCCAGCAGACCAAGAGACACAGUUCAAUCCUGGUCAAGCACUGACACCGGUUGCAAUUGGGAGGGGCCCUGGUCGGU